AGCAAGUUCGAUGCUGAGCUCACUAAACCCUCGCUUCCCGUAGCAACGCGAUCUAAGGUUGUUCUGUCUCCGUCGUUUAAUUCCUUCUUUUCUAUCGUGAGAAAGGGAUCCAGCUCUUUAGCGCGGUGUUGCUGCACUAGCUCCCUCGCCAGCCCUUUGUCGCUGGCUUGGGAGAUUGGAAUGGCGAUGUCGAGGAUGGCAGCCGUACGGCGCUUACUAAUACAGCCUUCGUCUUCUUCAUCAGCCGCAAUGUUUCAUGAUUUCUCGCUUCAAAUGGCUAGGUCCUUGGCAUGUGGAUUUAGUGUAGAGCGCGGCGCUUUCGGUAACCAGAAUUUCGUCCAGGAUUUGGAGAUCGGAUGUGGCGUCCGACAUUUGCGUACUCACACUAAACAUAAAGUCAUACUUACCACUCCUAUUGAUAGACUCGGGAAGGCAGGAGAGAUAGUGAGCGUGGCACCUGGUUACGCUCGAAAUCGUUUGAUUCCUAACCUGAUGGCAUUGCCUGCAAUCGACAAAUUCGUUCUCAUGGUUCAAAAUCAAAUCAAGCAAACUGGAGGUGCACAAGUUGAAGAGUCUGAGGUUGUAGAGGUCAAAGAAGAAACGGAGGAGGAGAAACUGAAAGCUGUCGAAGCUGUUCUUCGACGAUUAGCUAAAGGUCGUGUGGUACUUAGGAGAGACGUGGGUAUGAAAACCACACUUCACAAGCUCGUCACGAAGUCGGACAUACUUGCUGAGGUUCGGAGACAAUUGGGAGUCGAUUUGCAUGAAGACAAUCUGGUGAUGGAGACUGCUUUCUCAGAAAUUGGAGAAUAUGAUGUACUACUUCGUCUUCCAGAAGGUUUGAGGCUUCCUGGUGAUAAAGCCAAAAUGUUUCUGAAGAUUCGCAUAAGAAGAAAGUAAAAUCAGCAAGUCAAGCUGUCUUCACAGACUUAUCCCUUUGGACAGAGGAGAUAUAUCUGGUUUCAAAUGUGGCAUUUGCUGUAUGAGAUCGGGGUUUUUAGGGGAUUAAUUUUAGUCAAUGCACCUACUCGCCAUACCCCGUGGCAGUGUCAAGAAGCCAUCUUCAAUAAAGUCGGGGUUUGAAUGGCACACAUUCUUGAAGCAAUUUUUACAGAGCUAGCUUCUAUGCGGUGCUUCGUAAUUGAGGAAUGAGGUUGAGAUUA